ACGUAUCCUGGAGGUGCACUCAGCUGACGAGUUCUACACAGUGAUGGGCGUCCUCACCAGAGAGAUGCUCACCUUCGCCUCACAGACGCUAACAAGCUAGUCCAGACUGUGGUGUGUAUGGCGCCCUUCCCUUUCCCUGGACUGGCCGAGCUGCGUGACAAGUACACGUACAACAUCACUCCCUGGACCCAGUCGGUGUCGUCCGUGGCCAAGCGGGGGCUGCGUCUCUUCUACUCGGACGACGACGACGAUUACGACAACGAUGAAGACGACCAGAAGAUAGCAGUAGCCACGGCGUUCGGUCUCUCUGGUAUCUUCAGGAAGAGUGAGUUGAUUCUCAUGGGUACAAGGGACUUGGAGGCCAAUCGGGGUCCCUCACCUGUAGGAGGAGGGUCAGCUGUUUCCCCCAUCAACUUCACGCCCCUGGCCUAUCCUUCUCCCCGCCACGCCCACGAGGGGAGAGAGAUCACACGCCCAAACCUGGACAUCUCGGCCCUGAAGAAGCAGUACGCCCGCCUGAGAGAGAGACAGAAACAGGCACACAUCAUCCUGACAGCGUCUCAGCAGCGGAUGAGUUCGACCCUGGGUGGCGUGGGUUCGAAUUCUGGGAGCGGUGGCCACAAGUCGACGCCCCUCACCAUGAACCACCUACUGAGAGGCAAGAAGGCCCUCACCUCUAAGACCCGGCGGGUGGUACCAAAGGGCGUCAUCCCUGUCAUCAAACCCAAGAAGAAGGCUGAACGGAAACUGAGUGACUCGACUGGCACACGAUCUACCCCACAACAACAACAACCACAACAACAGAAGCAACCACUACAGUCUACAGCAUCCUUCCGCAGCCCCCACCAGACCCUAAAGCGGCUCCCGGGCAGCUCCCAGGCUCCUCCUAAAGUGGAAACUCUCCAUUGGAAGGACACCCCCAGGAGGGACCGGCGAGCCUCCCUACCUUCUGGAGUCAAGUUACUAGACGGCACCACACCAAGCCUGGGCACACUCGGGGUUCCUUCCGAGAUGGGCGAGGAGAUUUAUGAUGACGAUGAUGAUGGUAGCAGCACCUCUACCGAGUUGUGUGAUGACGAUGAAGAGGAGGACAAGCUGAGUGACCUGGAAGCUGAUCCAUCCGCAGAGCCUCGACCUGCCACCACCUCCCCACGUCUUGAGACAGUUCAUGAGAAUGGCAAGGCCAAAGCAGAAUCCAAAAAAUCCCAGACAGAAGAAAUGGAUCAGGAUAAAAAACAAAAACCAGUAGCCAAGGAUUUAUUGCUUCCAGUAUCGAAAGUACAAGAAGAUCAAGCAGGAGGUGGUUCUCAAGAACAAGAAAAACCAGAAACAGUCUUAACUGCUACCCCAACAGAGACAGUCGUACUGGAGUCUAAAUCUGAAGAUCUUAACUCUACUUUGAAAGAACAAGAAUCUGAUGUAUUCAUGGCAACAGAUCCUCCACUUUGGGACUUUAAAUCCAUGGGAACAGGGAUCCCUCUGGAAGACCUACUAGCUGGGAAGAAUCUAACAGCUGCUGAAAUCAUUGCGAGGUUUCCAUUUCCUAGUGAUGUUAGUUUUAUGAAAGAGAGUUCAGAAGGAUCUAGUAAACUCAGUAGUCAAUCAAGGCCAGGUAUUAAAGGAUCAUCCCCAUCUAACACACAGCACAAUGUAACACCAGAGAGGUCACCAGUGGACAGCCCUAUCCCAAGGAUCUCUUCACCAGAACCUGGAUAUGAGUCCUCCCUGACAACGAAGCCAUCUCCGAAUGUAUCCCCUUCUAAGUCACUUUCAUCAACACCAUCUCCAAGAGGCUCUCCCAGUAGCAAAGCAUCCAGAUCACCCAGUAAGUCCCCUGCCCUCUCCCCAUCACAAAGUCAAGAUCAUCAAGGAUUUACUAAGUUGUCCCUGGUGGAGCUACCUCCUGUUUCUACCUCCGACACCACACAAGAUGUCUCUCUCAUCCCUCCCAAGUCUCCUAAGAUCACAGUUGAGGAUGAAAAGAGUAAUAUAUUUGAAAUUUUCACUGGCCAUCCUAAUUUUAUUAGCUCCCACCUAAAGCCAUGUGAAGCAGAAACAUAUAUUAGUUUCCAAGUUGAUAGUGCUUUAGAAAGUACUUCGUUUAAGGGUGAGAUAUGUCCUGGUCUUCCCGUGCAUCCCAAAGAUAAUUUGGUGAAUGGUGCAGGGGAUGUGAUAGUCACAUCUGAAAAAGAGAGUUUAGUAGAGGAAAAAGACCCUGUGUUAUCAGUGCUUCCUCUCACAUCUGAUAAUCUGGAAAAGAAAUGUGAUGAUCCAAGGGACAGUGAGUUAUAUCCAGACAGUACUAAAGAAGAGUUCACUUGGCUCCAAGAAUCUACUAAUGGAAGUGAUGUAAGCAUUGCCGACAGUGACUCUACUACACAAAACUAUUCCCUAAUCCCAGAAUCAAGAGUGUUUGAUGCCAUUUGUCAAAGAUUAAAAGAAAAUGUAAAAACCGAGUCAGAUAUUUCAGAAGUUCAAACAGAUUUUGCAACGAAGUCAGGAUUUUUGUGCCUUACAGAGACUACAGGAGACAAACAGACAAUUGGUAAUGAUGAAACAAUGUCAGAUACUGUGGAAAAGCUGGAACCACUUGUUGGAGAUGUCAAAGUAGAAACAGCAGGUGAUGAUGAAGAGUUGGAAUUACCUGUUCAUGAUAUCAAAGUAAAAACAUCAGGAUGUAUUUCACCAAGUAUAAGCACCCCAACAGAAGCACUAAAUACCAAGUCGUGGCUUUCUUCUCUCACCAUGACUGUUAAUAGCAACAUGACACCAUCAGCAACACCAGAGAGCAGUCCUGUUACACCGCUGUUAAAGGUUUUAGAGGAUGGCUCUGAAAAUAUAAAAGUAACCGUGAAUAGGAAAAUAAUUCCAACAACAGUUUCUGUAGAAAAUAUCAGUUCUUCUGUAAUUUCAACUUCAGAAGCUGAAUCUACGUCUGUGAUUUCAACCGUAGACAGUGAAUUUUCGAUAUUUGGAAAGACAUACAGUAGUGCACCAGCUGUCACGGACGUUGUUGGUAGUGAGAGUUUUCUUACAAAAAAAAUAUUGGAUAGUCUUGCUACAUCAGGAACUAUACCUUUGAAUAACGGAAGUACAUUUACAAGCACGACCCUAAGCAGUUGUGUCUCACCCACAACAACUGUUACUACUGUAGUUUCACCAGAACCUAUUGAUACUGUAUUUACAUUUCCACUUUUACCCACUGGACUUUCAACAUUUUCAAAUAAGAUUGAUAGCGAAAUUGCUGUUAAGGGUGUUGAAACAGAUUUUAUUCCAUCGGAACAUAUAGUUGGUUCAGGUUUUUCAGUGAAUCUUCAAGAUUAUCACUUAGCGAAGGCACUGAAAACUGAAAGCUCCUCUCCAGUAGAGAAAGAUGGGUUUCCUUCAGUAAAAACAUUAAUAGAUUACCAAAUUCCCUCUGUGAAUAAAUCUGAUAGUAAAGAGUUCUCACCGACAACAUCAGAAGAAGGGUUCCCAGGAGGUAGUGAUCUGCCCAUAGGUAUAACGACUUCAUCUCCCAGUACGUCUGUAACAGAAAGUGUUGGACUUCCUUCACUGAAAACAUCAACUGAUUUUCAGAGUGCCGAGGAUAAACCUAAGACUGAUAGGUCCCCACCUACAACAACAGAACCAGCCUGUUCAUCCAUAAAGAGUUUCUCGUUGGUUACUGGUCCACCCUCGUACAUAACAACUCCGGCAACCAGUACCUCUCUAACAGAGAAGGAGGAGCUUCCUUUACUGACAACAUCAACCGAUUAUCAGAUUUCAUCCCUAAAUAUAGCUGAAGUUAAAGACUUAUCAUCUAUAACCACAAAAGAAGGGAGUUCAUCCACAGUAGAGUUUUCAUUAGCAACAACUCCAGCUACCAGUAUCUUAACCUUCAGCAUAGCACCAAAUGGAGGAAUGACAUAUUCAAAUGUUAAAAUUGAUCCAGGAACUUCAUACCCUACAGGGUUAUCAUCGGAGGAAUCUUCGAAAACCACUGAUACGAUAAUGGACCCUGACACAUCUCUCGAGAAUGAAAUUUUGUCUCUAAUUGGAAAAGAUGAAGCAACAUUUUCAGAAGCAGCUGUAGCGAAGUGUGAUUAUGAUGAAACUGUUGAAGUACACAAAGACUCAAAAGUAGAGAGUAGACAAUCUUCAGGACUCUCACUUGAGGAGAGAAUAUUAGUUUUGCUUGGUAUGGAUGAGAGAGUGUCAACAGAGUUGAAAAAUGUUGAAAGUGGCUUACCUGUAACAUCUCGGGACAGAAUAUUAUCACCCAUUACAUCACCUGCUGACAGUAGUAAGUUUUUGCUGGCAGUUGAAGGUGAAGAAGAGGAUGUAUUUUCGGCAGAAAAAUCAACUGAUAUAUAUUCAUCCUUGAUGACAACUCUUGAAGAAGGAACUUCAUCUCCGGUUCCAACUUUAGACAGAGAUUCGUCAUUAUCUGCAUCACUUGAAGGUCGGAUAUCUUUAUUUACAAGUGAGGUGAAGGAGGAGGGAGAAGAGGAGGCUGGUGCAUGUAGUCGGCCGACUGAAGACAAAGAAGACAAAAACUCUGAUGACUUGGAAGCAGAGGCAGAAACAGACUUUUUCAAUGGCAAAGAUCUCAGCUCAGAAGCGAUUCGGCAAAGAUUGUGGAAGGGUGUCAAGUCACUUAGUUUGGAUGCUGACGUUACUCUUGAUCCAAAUCUAUUUUGUUUCCUCAUACAGCAGAGUACAAGACGGAAAAAUAUGAAGGGAGGUGAGAGGAAAAUGCCCAAAAGAAGAAACAGCGAAGUAGCCCUGCAGGAACUAGUUAAGGAAAACACCGAAAUUAUUGAAAGAAUUUUAAAACAAAAAUCUGUAGAAGACUCCAGGUUUAUAAAAACAAACACAGCUUCUAAUAUUCUGGUUGAGGGAAUAGAAACUUUAGAAGAGGAAAUGGAGAAGUCAAAAGAUAUACCACAAUCCAUUAAAUCUGCUAAAGAAAAGAAUGGAAGUGAUCAAAGUGUCGAACCUCAAAGUCAUAAAGUAAUGAAAACAGUUCCAAGUGAAGUAGUGCCCACUGCAGCCACUAGUGAAUCACAUGAAGUGGCCUCUGGCUUUAGUACACGUGUGGGGGUGUCACGAGUAACCACACAAAAUAAAGUCGUAUCUCCUCAGAAUUCUAAAACUUUCUUACCAGAGCGGAAACAGAGCGUCAAGAAGGAUGACAGCGCCAUUGCUAUGAGCCCUACUAAACCUAUCACAUUUAACCCUUUCCCAACAAGGAAUGUAGCAAGACAACCAAAAGAAAUACCUGUUAAGUUAGGUCUCUAUAGUCCCACUAAGAAAACCUCCGACAGUUCUCCAUCUUAGAAAAUACUUAGAAACAAACUUAAUCCACUUUUCUGGGCAAUUAAAAGUCCUUUUAGAAAAUUUAAUAUAAACCUUAAAAAUGCAGCUUAAAUGUUUGACAAUAAACCUAUUAGCCUAUCAUUAUUUGUACUGACGUCAAGAAACUUUACGUCAUGGCAUUACCAGAACUUUGUGAUUAAGGGAUACUGUAAGAGAUUAAGUAUAGUAAGACUGAGACAUCACUAUCAAUAGACAAAUAUUUUUGAGGCACAUUAGAAUUUAAAGCUAGGAUUAGGCAUUCUAAAAUGUAUGUCAUCAGGAACGGCAUGGAGCAUGGUAGGUUUCACUGCUAUAUUUAAAACAUAUAUGAGUUAGCAUUACAUACACAUAUAAAUAUUGUUUUAUUGAUUUAUACUUUAGUAUGAUAAGAAUAUGCAAAAUAUAAUCUUUAUUAUGACUUUGACAGGACAAGAAAAUUCAUCUAAAUAAAUUCUGGUGUCACUAUGUGCAAAAAGUUACUUAACAAUUUUCAGAGGUAAUUUAGUUCCUAGUGAUUUCAUCAAGGUGCAAUGGAUGUAAUAUAUAUUUAAGUCUUACAUCUGUUGGUGGAGAGUUAUAUAACACAGGGACCAUUUGGCAACAUAAGUGUUGAACUGUAUACAGCAGAUUCUGAAACCCAUCCCCUUAUAACCUUAUUAAGAGAUCCACAGAGACCAAUGCAGGCACAGAGGGUUUCAUCUUAGUUUUCAGAGGUGUCAAUAAGAGUAAUAAGAGCUAUUAGAGUUUGGGAGGGGGGGGGGGGGCAAUCAACCAUACCUGCUCCACAUAAACAUUUUCUCCAAGACUGAUGUAACAGUUUUUGUGAUGACUCCCAUAUGAUGUCCUCAUACAGUACUUUAUUUUUUAAAGACAAAUGUUGCCUCAUUAUAAUCACUAAUUAUUGCCUUUAAACAGUGUGAGGUUUAGAUGAUCAGAAAAGACUUGAUUAGUGUUUGUCCAAAAGACUAACAUAGGUAUUAGUAGUUAGUAAAGAAAACUCUUAAUGGUCAGGUAAAUAUCUCACUAGGAAUUUAUGUUCUUCCCUUUGCCUCGUACUUCUCACUCAUAUAUGCUGUACUUUUAUUAUUGUGAUAAAACAUAACGUUAUCAGUUCAUGAAAUGUGAAUGUGUAUUGCUAAACAAGGAGAGUUGACAGUGUUCAUUACUGCAGUUUGCACAAAGUUGAUCACUGUUUUGUUAAAACCUUGAUGUGAAAUGACCUUUUAUCCUAGGGGGUAAAUGGUCCUACAACUUUGAAAAAAGACAAGAGAUGUUAGCUUUGGUAUUUGUACUAUUUUGUUAUAAACUCUUUAUGAUAUGAGUGGGCGAUGUCUUCCCAUCUUUACUUUCAUUAAUGUGAAUGAAACAGUCAGUACAUUAGGGAAUCACUGUGAGUUAAAAUUAUAACAUUUUAUUGCAACUGUGGGUUAUAUUUAAACUGUGUACAGAUCCAUCAGCUACUAGGAUAAUGUAGAGAGUGUAAAGGAUAAUGAGCUAAGUUAUGAAAAGUACAGUCAAUUAUUUACCUGUUACUAUACACUACAUUUCAAAAUUAAUCAGCCCAUUAUGGCCCAAACUUCAUUCAUCUAUAUUGUCUUUCAGAAUAACCUUGUACAUGUCCUGUGUAAUUCAUAUGUAGGCACAAUGAGUUGUUUGAGUACAGGACGAGAACCCAUUUUUUUUUUUUAAAUCAACCAUAUACUGUACAGGAACACUUUUAUGUUUUAUAUUUAAUGGUCUACUUCUUAUUUUAGAGAGCAACAGACUGUAUUAUUUAACAUACUGUAUACGUAUACAAAAAUUACUCGCUAUAGAUAUAUUAGUCGAAAAAAUGCUAUUACAUUACAUUAUAAGAGUUAGCCGCACUUGUUUUAAGUUAUCUUGCCAAAUUAUAAAAUAUGAUGAUAACAGUAAUACAUAAAAUAUGUAUUAAAUAUAAAGAAUAACAAACCUUGAUCCGGCCUUCAAUUUAAAGAUUCUCAAUCAUUAAUUUAUUUAAAAAUUAUAGAUGCUUCACUUAUACCCACACAAGAUUAUGUUUUGUCUUCCUCUUCUCAGUUAUAAUCAUUUAGACCUUUUGGAACAAAUAAAUCUUCAGCUAUAUAUGAAACAGUCAGUUUAAUACAUAACAAAAAUCAAAGAAGAGUCUUACAUUUUUCACACAUAAUUUUUACAUUCUACAGUACAGAAAUGUUCCUUCUCAUUGUUUUCACUGAGGCGCAGGGUGGCCAAAGUCCUGACUAACUGCCUUCUUACUUGAUAAAUAAUAUCAUGCAUAUCCAUCAUAUUUUGUUCUUCCUAUUUAUGUUCUCUUUCAUCUUUCAUAGCAUGAUAUCAUCCACUCUUUUAUCACACAUCUAUUGUUUUAUACAACUUCAAAUAAAAUAAAAUAAAAUACAGUAUCUCCAUGAGAGUGAUAAUACAUUCUCCUACCUCAUCGCCACCUUCAGCUGUAGCAGAUCUUUAAAGAGACUUAUCUGUUGGUAAAUAAAGUACCACUUGCCUUCAUCACCCUGUUGCCCAGUGUCUUCUGCACAUCAUGUAUAUAUGAAGUGCUGAGUCUAAUGACUGUUUUCAUUAAUGUCGAUAUAGUUUAAUUAAAUAUAUACUGUACAUGAUAUUAUAAUUACAGUUAACUUUGGGUAUAUAUAGUGUACAGUAAAUGAUAUUUGUAUGUUCACUUAUACCCAU